AUGGCAAUUCAUUGUGCUAAACUGAUAGCAGCAGCCUGUCUUGGCUUCUGGGCUGCUAGUACAACCGCAGCACCUACUAUCACAUCAGUCCAGAUAGAAGAGGAGUACCAGCCUCUUCCAUUCUUCUUGAACGCUUACAAUUCAAAGCGUCGGACUUUCGCGCCCAAAUACCUCACCUCAAGCGGCUCAGUCCAACCCACCUAUGAGACCGCGAGCUCAUUCGUCCUAACAAGUUAUGGUGGUCUGAGCACACUCUCCACCGAGGACUCUUUUGCGAACCUUUACCUUAGCACUGAUAGCUCGACUAUGAGCAUGCUAUGGUCGAUGAGUCUGUCUUUGAACACGAUCUAUGCGGGAUUUAGUUUUGAGGAUACACAGCGUGGCCAAGUUCUGGUCUGGAAGGAUGCGAGCUUUGAUGGUGGUCAGGCAAAGUUUUGUCAAGGAGCAGGAAUUCAGAUCUGGUUCUAUGGAAAGAUGCCAGCGAAUUGUGAACUGGUUGAUCUCGUCGCGGUCCAUCCUAGGUAG